AUGGCAUCUCAAACACUGCCACCACAUCCGCGUUCAUCUCCGACGCGAAAAGAAGACAAAGAAGACAAAGAGGAAGAAGUUGCUUUGUUCUUCAAGAAGAAGAAGAAUUCAUCAAUUCGUCGAAACACCAAUACUAACAAGAAGAACAAACGAAAGAAGACAAACGAAGAAGAAGAAGAAGAAGAAGAAGAUGAUGAUAUCGACGACGUUUCCGUGAGAGUACAGAAAGCGAAAGAGCGCUUGAAUGAACGCCAGGAGAUGUCUAAAGUCGGUCAGAGUAAAGGUGUGGACAGUGAGUUGCUCUUAUUAGGCGACACGAAAGAGCGAGAGGCAAAAGCGAGAGAACGAGAGUUGUUGUUGAAAGAACAACAAGAAAAGAAAGAGAGGAGCGGCGGCGGGGAAGUGCAACUGGCGUUUGGAGCGGGAGCGAAAGGAGGAUUAACGAUAAUGCAGAACGAAAAUAAUAGCAACUACAACGAAGACCCACAAAUGCAAUUGUACGUGGAGGAAGAGUUAGAGAAGCGACGACGGGAACGGGAAGAGGCGCAACAACAAAAAGACGGCGACGGCGAGGACGAACGAGAACGAAACGAAGGAGGAGACAGAGGCGAUUUUCACUCGUUACAAAAAGCCAAAGAGGAUUUGUGGAAAACGGAAACGUACUACGCGAACGCCGCGCAAAAACGGAAAGACGACAUCGCUCGCAAAGAAACUGCGGAUAGAAAUUUAACCGGCAUAACCGAGGUUGAAAUAUCCCAAUUCGAACGAGUGAAAAUGUUACAAGCGACCGAAGACGCCAAGAAGCGAAUACAACGCCAAAAAAAUAAAGAAGACGCCGCCGACGACGAAGGAGAAGAGUGGAUCGAUUUAGGCGUCAAAAGCGACGAGGCUUUGGAAAUCGAGAAGAAGAAAGAAAGAAUGGUCGCCAAAGCUAAAGGACUCGGGUUUAGAAAGUUUGGGAAGAAGAAAAGCGGAUGA